UUGCCUUGACAAAUUGAAAAUGAAGAACAGUACGUUGGAUAAAAUCUGCAGCUUCCUCGGCGAGCUUAUUGGCACCGGACUGCUGGUAUUUCUCGGCUGUAUGGGUUGUGUGAAAAAUGCCGCCUACGAAAAUAAUCACUUUCAAAUGACAUUUAACUUCGGUUUGGUCGUCUUGGUCAUAAUCCAAUGCUUCGGCUGUGUCUCCGGUGCACAUCUGAACCCGGCCGUAACCUUGGCUGCCUACAUUUACAAUUUGGUUUCAUUGCCGAUGGCUGGUAUCUAUUUUGUCGGACAAAUGUUAGGCGGUUUCAUCGGUUACGGUCUGCUGAAGGCGCUCAUACCCAACAAUGCUGUCUCAUUGGAGGGACCACACAAUCUCUGUGUGACCACUGUGCAUGGAGACAUUGACGCCUGGCAGGGAUGUGCUAUUGAGUUUAUCAUUACCGGUGUGCUGAUUUUCACCUGCUGCGGUGUCUGGGACCCACGUAAUGCCAAAUUCCAUGAUUCAGUGGCAAUUCGUUUCGGUUUGGCCAUCGCUUGCCUUGCCAUCACAGCGGGCCAAUUUACCGGUGCCAGCAUGAAUCCAGCUAGAUCUUUCGCGCCUGCUUUAUGGAACUCAGACUUCCAGGAUCAUUGGAUAUACUGGGUUGGUCCAUUGGCCGGCUCAGCGGUGUGUGCUAUUGUCUAUAAGGUGAUCUUCAGACGCGAAGUUGUUGAAGAGAAGGUCAACAACAAAUUGCGCGCCAUGGAGGAGGUGCCACUCUCAUAAGCCACACUCACUUAGCGUAGGACAUUUAUCACUCGAAAUACCAAAGAGCGAUUCAAAAGAAGCAAAUCGACAUCCUCGCGGAUGUUGCAGAACAAUACGAACUUCCUGAGUUAUAAAUGUUUUAAUUUUUUAUUAUAAAAUAUUUGUCUACUUAAGAAGUGCAUUUAGUAAGUCUGCAAAGCAGAUGAAUUUUAUAUUUUAGUUUUUGUAAAUGUCUACAAACCAAUUCGAAACAUAUUUGGAAAGUAUGCAUUUGCCCCCAGUGGUCAAAAUAUUCAAUAGCUGUGUUGAAAAGGUUCAAGACAGUUGUUGUAUGAUUUAUAGUAUGCCGUUUGUUAGAAAUGUUUUUUGUAAAAUUAUAAAAUUACUAAAUAAAAAAAAUUAAUACGAUCAUUU